UAAACAUAACAUAAAACGUUCAAUUUCUUUUCGAUACCAAAAUUUCCGGAUCUUCAUUCCCUGCGCCCAUGUCGUCCACUACAUCUCCUCCCGUGCUCCCCAUCUCCGUCCCCGAAUCUCAAUCCCAAUCCCAGUCCCAACCCCCAAUCGCCACCCCUGCCUUCCGUUCCUUCAUCACCCACAUCUCCGACUCCGUCCGCCACGGGAUCUCCCAGCGCCGGCCCUGGUCCGAACUCGCCGACCGUUCCGCCUUCUCCAAGCCCGAGUCUUUCUCCGAUGCCGCCCUUCGCGUCCGCAAGAACUACUCCUACUUUCGCGUCAACUACCUCUCCGUCAUUGCCAUCAUCCUCGCCUUCUCGCUCGUCUCCCACCCCUUCUCUCUCCUCGUCCUCCUCGGCCUCCUCUCUGCCUGGCUGUUCCUCUACCUCUUCCGCCCCUCCGAUCAGCCACUCGUUCUCUUCGGCCGCGCGUUCUCCGACAAGGAAACCCUCGGUAUCUUGACCGUGUCUAGCCUCUUCGUCGUCUUCCUCACUACCGUCGGAUCGCUACUUAUUUCCGCACUCCUCGUUGGCGUUGCCGUUGUCUGCGCCCACGGCGCUUUUAGGGUUCCCGAGGACCUCUUCCUUGACGAGCAGGAGAAUCCCGCAACCGGAUUCCUCUCCUUCCUUGGUGGUGCCGCCUCCAACGCCGCCGUCGCCGCUGCACCCGUCGUUGCCGCUGCACGCGUCUGAUUCGAUGGAUCCGGAUCAAUUAAAAGUUUCACUUUGGUAAACAAAUAAAUAUGUUUCAAUUUUUUUUAAUUUUCAUUAAUUUCCAAUAUACUCUGUAUCUGUAUCUGUAUCUGUGAACUUUUGUUCGAUUUUAGAUAGCAUGUGACACUUUUGGGGGCGGAUCUAUGUUCUAUAUAUUUCUUUAAUUGAUAUAAUGUGAUACCAAUUUAUUCA